AGACAAUUUAUUUCUGAGGUGGUACUUGAUGAAAAAAGUUUGAGAACCACUGCUUUACUACAUUAAUAUCAAAUAUAUAACAAAAGAAACCUCUUCUACAAAACUUGAUAAUGUGUGUAUAUAAUCUUUUCAUAGAUUUUAAACAAGCAUCAGAAUCAGUUUUAUUGCCAAAUGUGCUUUACACACACCAGGAUUUUAAUUUGGCUACAGAAGCUUCCAGUGUACAUAAAGUGACAACACAAAGUAAAUAUUAAAAAAAAUCCUAAACAUUGAUGCUUCGAAAACAAUUGCAAGUCAAAAAGAGGCCUGUCAUGUUUAUUAAUCAUCCAGUUUUAAAAAUCAAGAUCAUUUUAAGUUUUAAAACAUAAUGGCAUUUUAUAAUAAAUCAUCUGUCAAGUGCUCAAUUAAAUUAAAGGUCUUAAUGAUUAUAUUUUGGUUUGAUAGGACUGAUGAAAGAACCAUGGUGAAUGUUGUUUUAGUGUGCGCUUGUAAAAUAGUAUUUUAACAAUAAAGUAACAUCAGAUUGACCUGUCUGUGUUUAAAGUAAAAUAAAAGUUAUCAAUAUGUGUAUAAUUAGUAGGAAGUCGCUUUUUUCCUUUCUUUUGACUGGACGUGCAUUGACAUUUAUUGUGGGUGCUUUUGUAGCUGUCUUGGUGCUUUAGGCCAAAGCUUAGCUUGUGACUUCUAUUUUUAGCUCCAUGUGUCGGUGGCAAUGUCUUGUGUUUUGUGUAAUGAUUGAAUAUUGCUCUUAAAAGGUCUUAAUCAGUUGCUAUGUAAUGUGUACAUACAGAUUAAUGUACAAUCUCAUUAAUGCAAAGGAAUACUGACAAGUUUAUUGUUUAACACACAAUGUACAGAUAGUACGUGGUUAACAAAUGGAUCAGCAUCGCACAGGUAUGGAUUAUUUUCUGAUCCGGGUUACACAUUUAAACUAUAUCAAUUAUUAUUAAAGUAAUACACAUAAGAUUGUAAUGUAAAAACAUUUUAAUACCACAAUACUUUUUGAAACCAGUAUUGAUUCUAAAAUCACAAUGAUUUAAUGUUAUGUUUGAGUAUAAAUUUUUAGAAAAAAAUAUAAUGCAGAAUAAUUAAAACAAGGUAGGUGUCUUUGAAUAAAAAUCUAACGUGUCACGCAUGCUUACUGUGGCGCUCUUUUCCGGUCACGUGGCCAAAACCAAUGACGCCAGACGCUCUCCACAGAAACGACAUAAAGACGCCAUUACCGUUGCCUUCAAUUGACCUUUUCUACACGACCGCGUUUAGAAUUAUUUAUUGGUAAAACAAUCGCAAUGUAAAUCACAUAAAGGAACCACUGAAGCUAGAACGAUGUAAGACUGCUCGCUUUGACUAGACAAGCAGAGAGAAAACAAUCGCACGGCUCACCGCGAAAUCUCACGGGCUCCGAGUCCAGAAUGCGAAAAUAAUUACGCUGGGUACAAAAUGGCGAAUGUUCUCUCCGUCUGGACAUGCGCAGAUCUGAGCAGAGGCUUUCCCUCGGAAAUCAAGCUCCGUUCCCAUACAUCCUUCAGCCAAUGGGCUUCGCAGAUGGGACGCUUCUAGAGGAAAUCGGCCAAUUAAAAACGUGGACAACGCAGAACAGGAAAUAUGCAGCCAAUGGAAAACCAGGAUGAAUUUGUUGUAUUCCCAAAUACUGAGAAUCAAAGAACACCAAUGAGAACGCGCAAUUCGCAGCGCCGCUUUUGUACUCAGCAAUCAGCUAGCGCGCUUUAGUCUGGCCAAUAGAAUGCGGUUUAUUCGACAGCCAAUCACAAUGCUCGGAGUUUGCCCACAGCGGCUCCGGCAGCCAAUAGGGAUCCGAGAAACACAACCUCAGCUCAACAGCUUGUUAUUUCGUCUAUGCCUUUGCAACCUAGUCGAAUGCUGAGCUGAAGCAGUCAUAUAGGAGCAUCAGUCAAAACCAAUCGAGCUGGACUCCCUCAAAUAGCCAUCAAGAUGAAGGUAGCAGACGAACCUGCCUACCUGACCGUGGGGACGGAUGUAAGCGCAAAGUACCGUGGUGCCUUUUGUGAGGCAAAAAUUAAGACUGUUAAACGUAUGGUGAAAGUUAAGGUUGUGCUCAAAGGAGACAGCACCUCACAAGUUGUCCAAGAUGACCAAGUCAAAGGACCCCUAAGGGUUGGCUCAACAGUAGAAGUAAAGAGCCCAGAGGGUGGGCUUAGUGAAGCUGUCAUCAGCAAACUCACAGAUGCCAGCUGGUACACUGUAGUUUUUGAUGACGGAGAUGAGAAAACCCUUAGAAGAACUUCACUUUGUCUUAAAGGCGAAAGACAUUUUGCAGAGAGUGAGACUUUGGACCAGCUGCCCUUGACUAACCCAGAGCACUUUGGUACACCAGUCAUUGGAAAAAAGACGAAUCGAGGUAGAAGGUCCUCUCAGGCAGUUGCGGAAGAUGAGAAGGAGUCCUCAUCAAGUGAAGAUGACGAUGAUGAUAAGAGAAGGCUUAAUGAUGAUCUUUUGGGGAAAGUUGCCUGUGUUCAGAGUGAACCUGAUGAUUCAUGGCUCUGCGUCCUGGUGAUAUCUCCAAGCUGCAAUGAUGACCUAACUGUCAAAAAGGACCAAUGUUUAGUGAGAUCAUUUGCUGAUUCCAAAUUUCACACCGUUGCACGCAAAGAUGUUAAGGAAGUAAACAUUGAUACCCUGUCCAAACCUGAGUAUUCCCUAAGAAAAGGGUGUGAAGCAGCAAAGCUCUUUCUACAGAACAGACAAAUCCCUGACAGGUGGAAAGUAGACUUGAGCGAGAUCCUCGAAUCUUCCAGCAGUGAUGAAGACGAUGAAGAUGAAGAUGGUGAAGGCAAAGAGGGUGAAGAAGAGGAGAAGGAGCCAGAACCAGAGGAACCUGAUGAUGAGCCAGAUCCAGAGGAAAGGGACCACUUUCUACAACAGCUUUACAAGUUCAUGGAGGACAGAGGGACACCAAUUAACAAACCUCCAGUACUUGGCUACAAGGAUCUCAACCUCUUCAAGCUCUUCCGAUUGGUACAUAUUCACGGAGGCUGUGACAAUAUUGAGAGUGGUUCUAUUUGGAAACAGAUCUACAUGGAUCUCGGCAUUCCCGUGCUGAACUCUGCUGCCUCAUACAAUGUGAAAACUGCCUACAGAAAAUACCUGUAUGGAUUCGAGGAGUAUUGCCGCUCAGCUCAGAUCCAGUUCAGGACGGUGCAUCACAAUGAGCCACGGCCAGACGUCCAGCCGGAAGUGCAGAGCAUUAAGUCUGUGACAAAAGAGAGUGAAAACAAUGAUGAGAUGAUGCAGCAGGUUACAGCGGAGCCUGGAACCAGCGAGGACAAACCUGCGGCAGACGCUGAUGAGUCAGAUGCUGAGAGCGAAAAAGGACGCAAAGAUGUCUGCUCGCCCAGGGGUCGGCGGCGGUGUUUGACGACCCCUGUGAAAGUAGAGAUGGAGCCCUUAAAGCAGGAGAAAAUAAAAGAGGAGAAAAAAAAGGAGGAUACACAAAGUGUUGGAGAAAAUAGCGGAGAGGAACCAAAGGAGAAAUCUGAUGGGGAGAUCCCUGGGAAACGUCGAAGCCGCCGUCAUGAAGAAUCUGAUAAGGAUUCUGAGGAGGAUGAUGAUGACAAUGAUGAUGAAGAGCAGGACGACGAUGAUGAAGAUGAUGAGGAGGAGGAGGAGGACGACGACGACGAGGAAGAGGAUUAUUUUGAAAGAUCCAGACUCAGGGAACGAGACGAGAGAGAGGAGGGUGAUGGCUGUGAAGACUCUGAGCAUUCUCUGGCUGGUACUAAAGUCAGGGUCAAAUACGGCAAGGGGAAGACGCAGAAGAUCUAUGAAGCCAACAUCAAGAACACUGAGACUGAUGAUGGAGAGGUUCUUUACUUGGUGCAUUACUAUGGCUGGAAUGUGAGAUAUGACGAAUGGGUCAAGGCAGAUCGAAUAAUAUGGCCUGUCGAUAAGGGUGGAACAAAGAAAAAACAAAAGAAAAAAGUGAAAAAUAAAGAAGACGAAGAAAAGGAAAAAGAGGAGGACAAGACUAAAGUUGUUGUUCGAAGAGGUCGUCCUCCACUCAAAUCCACCCCUCCUGGCACCUCUCGCAAAACCCCCAGCAGCGAGGGUCGGUCCAGCAGUAAAAACUCGCGGCCCACAGAUGCCUCUGCCCUGCCAAAUGGAGACGGCACUCCUCGACGACGAACAAGAAGAACUUCCGGGAUGUAUGAUUCUGAUAGAGGAUCUAAUGAUUCUGGGAACUCUUCAGAUGAUAGCGAGGGUGAGAAAUCUCCUGAGAAGAAGCAGGAGUGGACUGAGAGAACUGAUCCACCACCAAUAGCAAAACAAGAGGCAGCUGAUGAUCUCCCAGAGGAGAGCACAACACAAGAACCAGCACAGACUGAGCCUGAACUUCCUAGCAGUCCUCAGGAAAUGCCCAACUUCAAUGAGAGUGAAAGUAAACCCGAAGAAGACUCAUCCAUGCCCCCUACUGAGUCUGACGUUGGAUCUCCAAAAAUGACAGCGAAGAAGCCUCGUUUAAAAGAACCAGGAUCAGAGACUCCCACGCAAACACCCGCCGCUGCUAAUCACCACGCAGAGACAGAGGAACCUUCCACUCCACCACGACCUGUGAAGAAAUCACAGGAAACGCCACACAGCAGUCCUGUAGAGAGAAUAAAGCUGGUGGAGACGGCUGGCUCAGACACGGACUCUGCAACAGAGGACAUCGACCCUCCAGAGCGAACCAGUGCAGCGAAACGCAAAAUCAAUGAACAGCGAACGCCGGAAAAGAAAAUUCGCUUGGACAGAAAAGAAGAACCUAAAACACCUUCUCCUGUUAAAACAUCACCACUAGAAAAGAAACCCGAGUCAGAAAAGAGGACUGAGAUUGUGCAGAAACCUGAGGAACCACCCAAUCCAACGCUGUCAUCUCCCAGCAAAGAGGUAGAGAUUAAGUCUGAGAUGCCUUCUCUUACCAGAGAGGUGCACCUCAAGUUAGAAGCUCCUUGUCCAGACCUGGAGGAUCCAACAACAGUGGCAAACGAGGAAAUGAUGCCUCAAAUUGGCCCUGAGGCGCUGGUCUGCCAUGAAGUAGAUCUAGACGAUCCAGAGGAGAAGGACAAGCCCUCUAGUGAAGAGUUGCCGAUAAUGAAGGAAGAGAAAGUUCUGCCUCAGCCUCUGGAGUCUCCUGACCACCUUCAUGUCCUACCAGCAGUGGGACCACCGCGUCUGUUUUCCCCAUCCUCUGCCCCCAGCCCAGAUGAAUCUCAUAGCACUAAGAGCGAGAGCGAUGCUACCAUUGAAGUGGACAGUGUGGCAGAAUCACAAGAGGGUCUCGGAGAGAAUGAAUCGACUCAUAGCUUUGAUGCUAGUGCUAGUUCGAGUAAUUCCAGCAUCUCACUCCAGGAUCGAGAUGGAAAGGACAGAGGUCAGAAGAGGUUAUUGGAUUGCACUACAGUCUCCUCGUCCAAGAAGCAAAAACGGAGCCAGAAACGUUCAAGCGUUGGUUGUAAAACAGAGAAGAAUGGAGCAGGUCACAGUAGCGACAGUGAAGACCAGUCUGUGAUGGACGGCUCUAAUAAACUAACCCCAGUCAAGCACUCCAUCCUCCCCAAGAACCAAAAGCUUUCUCGGUCACCUGGUCUGGGUUCUCCCAGCAAUAAAUAUAUAGAGAAAGACAAGCACAAAGAGAAGCAGUCCGUCCCGUCCCCCCGCACAUAUAAGUGGUCCUGCCAACUCACUGAGCUGGACAACAUGUCAAGUGCUGAGCGCAUUUCUUUCUUGCAAGACAAGCUACAGGAAAUCAGGAAAUAUUACAUGUCACUCAAGUCUGAAGUGGCUUCCAUCGACAGGAGGCGGAAAAGGUUAAAAAAGAAGGAAAGAGAAGUGUCCCAUACCACAGCGUCCACCUCAUCAGGCUCCUCGGACACGGGCAUGAGUCCGUCUUCAGCUUCGCCCACGCAGAACACUGUGGCCGUGGAGUGCAGGUGAUGUCAGGCGGCAUCCGCUCCACCUCCGCCUUCCCAGAGUCCCGCUGACAGCAGCACUCGACUGCCCACCGCCUCCACCUUCUGCACUUUCAGACCUGAUCCUGCCUCCACCAAACGGGAAAACGGACUCCACGCGGGGCUUGAAUGUAAAUCGAUGAUAUCAAAGCUUACGAUUGAUCCAUCCAGAGCAACACGACGGCACUUUUCACUUCACAAACGCUGAACAGACCAGGCAACCUCCUCUUACUGCUUCAGACCGGAGUUUGGAUGCAGUAGUCAAUCCUCCAGUCACAUCCCUAGGUAAUGGUCACCUUAACCAGCUGGACAUGGUUAUUCAAUGAAAGGUCAAUUGUAGCGCGCUUGUUCCAUCAGAACUGCCAAAGUAAAACGUGUUACAGCAGAGUGCCCUAUUUUGGAAAAGCAGGACAAAGUCAGUUGCAAAAGGGAAUGUAGUUUACUGAAAACUGCAGCCGGCGUCUUCCACUUCUAUCUUAGUAUGCGAGCACAGAGAAUUAUGCAAAUCCUAUUUUUGUCGUCUCUCGUUUUUAAUAAAAAGAAAAAAACGUAAUAAAUAAAGCGGAAAUGUUUACAGUGGAACUCGAGAUGAAACUGUUUUCAGUGGACUAAUUUCCUUUGCAAGUGCAUUUUGUCUUUUUAUAUGUAAUCGCAGAGUUUUUAUUUUUAGUAUGGAAAAUUUCGAAAUAUUAUAUCGCAGCCGUGAAGUUAUUUAAUGAAAGAUUUCUAGCGCUGAAUUUUUUUUUUGUGUGUGUAAAAUAAAAGGUAUUAUCUUGCAACUUGUUAAAUAUAUUUAUUCAGUCGGCGGGCGGCAUUUUUGUAUUUUUUACAAGAUGAGAAUCGCAGUUGUCCCGCGUUCGGUUCGCUUGGGGGGGGGGGGGGGGGGGGGGGGGGGUCAAAUUUGUGGGGUUGUCUUGAAACUCUCUGAAUGUGACGUCACAAUUUGGGUAACUACUGUGCAGUAAACCGAAUCCUCCCCACUUUCUUUUUUGUUCGUUUGGGCCCAAAGCUACUUUGAGGGAACACCAGAAAUUGGUGACAUGCUCCUUUUUUUUCUCCCUCUCUCUCCCAGUUAUUACCUGGUACUUUCGAAUUCUUAUUUUCAUUCUUGACCAAUUAAAUAAAUGAGUUGCUUCUCUCAACUACGUUAAGCCCAGGGGUUUCUUACUGAUUGUUCCUUUUGUAAAUAGAGCUUUCAAAAAAACCAUGUAUUUGAAAAAUACAUUUUACACAAACUGUAAAAAGGAUUUAUAUUAUUUUUUAAAGCGUACAUCUUUGUAUAUUAAUUAAUUUCUCCUUUUCUAUGUCCAGUUGUUAGGAGCACUAGCACAUCUUUAGACUUCUGUAUAUAAUCAACCAUUUAGGAACCUAAACCCAAGCUGUCUAGAGUGACCCAUGAUGACUAUGUUGAACAUUUUAUGCUGUAGGCAUCGAUUCAUUCACUGCGAUGAACUUGCUUCCCUGUGACUUCAGUUUAUUUACAGAUUCCUGGAUGAAGGAAUGAAGGCAUUAGGUUCCUAAGCAAAGCCAUUGUACUUUUAUGUAAAAUAAGAAGAGGUCUUCUCAUUUCUAAUAAAGUUGUGAAAUAUUAAGAAGUUA